AUGGAUCAAGAUUUGAUUAAAUUUUUUGAUCAAAAAUUUGUAAUCCAAAAUGAAGUGUCAACUUCGCCAAUCGAAAUCGCGAAAUCAGAAAUUUCUGAAUGCUUAGAGCGCCUACCAGAAAAGUCGGAGGAACAAAGUUUGAUGGCGGAUGAUAACGACAUUAACAAUCAUAUUUUAAAUCAAGUUUUGCGGAUAUUUUAUAGAGCGAUUAAACGUGGUGAAUAUUUUGACAAAAUGGUUACAGAGAUCAAUAAACACCUUAAGGAAAAUAAUAUCAAUCAUGCUGUCUUCUUCGAAAUUUUAUCCUCGGAAAUAAAAAAUCUUUCCGCGAUCUUCUAUGAUUGCAAAGAUAACAAUGAAAUAACCUCCGUUUCGUCAUUACGCAAUAACAUGCUCUACUGUCUACACGGAUUCUGUUACGUAUUCGGGAUAGGCACACGAUUCGACAGCAAAUUAGCAUUUGAACAAUUCAGAAUCGCUGCCGAAAAUAAAUGUUAUUUCUACAAAAACGGAAUUGGAUGCACAAAGGACACACAAAAAGCUCUUGAAUGGUACAAAAAAUCUGCAGAAGGUGGCAAUGGAAGUGGCCAAUGUUCCUAUGGCUACAGCUAUGCUGUUGGCCAAGAUCUUCCCAGAGACUUUCGAAAGGCUUUCUAUUGGUAUCAAAAGUCCGCAACUAAUGGCCAUAGUCAAGGAAAACAAUAUCUUGGUGAGUCGUAUCGAUUUGGACGCGGAACUGUACGUGAUUUACACGCUUCCAUAAAAUGGUAUCGAAGCGCAGAAGUUGCUGGGAAUAAUGUUGCGUCUAAUAGACUGCAUAAUUUGUUUAUACGGU